AUGCCUACUUCCAUGCUGCCAUCGCCGCCCAACUCAGACCCUAUGGCCUCCGGCACACCAGCGCCCGGCUACGAAGCCCUUGACUAUGGCUUUCCGGAAGUCUUCAAUACUAUGCCUACAUACACGAUGCCCCCCGCGAACGGAUUGCUGCCCGGCUCGGGGCCUAUGGGGUUCGGCACACCAGCAACAGGAUACGAAGGCCCUGACUAUGGCUUUCCGGAAGUCUUCGACACCAUGCCUACUUCCAUGAUGCAACUCCGGGUCGGAGUGCCGCCCAGCUCGGAGCCUGCUUGUCACUUCCACAAGAUGAACCCACGACUCUAUUCAGCGUGUGGAAAAGCCUUCAAGUCCAUCGGCGCUUCGGUCAAUCAUAUACGCAAGCACGACCUCCUUCAUGGCGUCACUGAAGCAGCUCAUGACGUGGAUGUUGGCAACAGUCACUUCAUAUUCACCAUGCAGUCCACUAUGCCCCAAAUCUUGCGAGGCACCAAGUACACCAACCCAAAUGGGAAGAGGACUCUGGAAUACCAAUACGAGCCUGAGAACGGUGGCGAGCCGUUCCACAAUGCCUUAUAA